AUGGAGGGGCCGCCGGCGCCCGGCAGUGGAGACAUCUCCCUGCACAACUUCAGCGUGAGGCUGUGGGAGCAGCUCAUCCGCUUCCACGUGAUGCGGCUGAUGGAUUCGCUCUUCCUGUGGGUGGGCACAACGCCCAACCUGCACAACCUUGCCAUGGCCAUGUGCAACCGUUACGAUUCCAUUCCAGUGUUCACUUCCCUUCUUGGAGAUACCUCUGACACGACCUCCAACUGCCUUGCUCAGAGACUAGCCAGCAAGACCAAAAAACAGGUGUUUAUCAGCUACAAUCUUCAAAACACAGACAGCAACUUCACACUGCUCAUAGAAAACAGGAUCAAGGAAGAAAUGGAGGCUUUCCCAGAAAAGUUUUAG